GCGUGUCCCGCCCCGCACACGGCGGCGCCGCCCCGGGGGUGGCGCUGGGGACACGCCGGGGUCCCGCACCCCCUCCCCGCGUGUCCCCGCCCUGUCCCCGCCGGGGCCAUGAAGGUGAAGGUGAUCUCCGUGCUGGAGGACAAUUACAUGUACCUGGUGAUCGAGGAGAGCACCCGCGAGGCCGUGGCCGUGGACGCCGCUGUCCCCAAAAGGCUGCUGGAGAUCGUCAGGAAGGAGGACGUGGUGCUCAGGGCCAUCCUCACCACCCACCACCACUGGGACCACGCCAGGGGCAAUGAGGAGCUGGCCCAGCUGCUGCCAGGCCUGCGGGUGUUCGGGGCUGACGAGCGCAUCGGGGCCCUCACGCACAAGGUCACCCACGGCCAGGAGCUCACGUUCGGGGCCAUCAGGGUGAGGUGUCUCUUCACCCCGUGCCACACCUCGGGCCACAUGUGCUACUUCAUGUGGGAGGACGAUUCCCCGGACGCUCCAGCUCUUUUCUCAGGUGACACCCUGUUCGUGGGGGGCUGUGGGCAGUUCUUCGAGGGGACAGCAGAGCAGAUGCACACCAACCUGACCCAAAUCCUGGGCACUCUGCCCAAGGACACGAAAGUUUUCUGUGGCCACGAAUGCACCGUCAGAAACCUCAAAUUCGCCUUGAAAGUGGAGCCAGAGAAUGAAGUGGUGAAGGAGAAGCUGGCAUGGGCUAGACGGCGCGAUGACGAGGACCUGCCCACGGUGCCCUCCACGCUGCAGGAGGAGUUCCUCUACAACCCCUUCCUGCGCCUCACGGAGGAGCCUGUGCAGAGGUUCACGGGCAGGACAGAGCCUGUGGAGGUGCUGAGGGUGCUGCGCUCCCAGAGGGACAACUUCAAGAAGCCCAAGGAGAGACCCAACCCCCAGGCCGUGCUGGCCUUCGACUGGGGGCUCUUCGCACCCUUCCUGGAGAAGAAGUGACGAGUGACCCCCCGUGGUGCCAGGGCUCCCUCCUGGCUCUGCCCAGCUCGGAUUCAGCCCCAGCUGGGUCCUGGAUUUUGUCUUUAACCUGCUUGUGUGAGGCUGCUCUGCUCUGCUCCCCCUCUGACUCCUGGGGUUCCCUGGGGAGCAGCACCUGGAGCCCUUUGGGGACCCCCGGCCUUGGGGACACCCCUGGGUGCUGGCAGAGGGUCAGGACGUGGCUUGGAGCAGUCUGGGGUCAGUGCAGGAGCUGCCCAUGGGAUGGAUGCCCAUGGAUGUCCCUGUGGCUGGGGAAAGGAGCCAGGGAGAAGUGGGAUGCUCAGGGAUCUGGUGCUGUGCCCCAUGGAGUCACCAAUGCCAGGGCUUGUGUGAUGGGGCCUUUGGGAGCCCUCCUGGCCCUGCUGUCCUGCUCCAGCCACCCUGGGCCCUCUCAGGCUGGGGAUGGACACUUGGAUCCCCACAGGAAACUGGGAAGGCACUGGUGGCACUGGUAUCAGCAGUGCCCACCCAGCUCCAGCCCCGUGCUAACAAACCUCUCAUCACAGCAGGGCUUGGGUGGGGUUUCCCCCCUUUUCCCAGUUUUUCCAGUAGGUCCCACAGGGAUUUGUGUAGGGAUUUGUGACCCAGGGGUGUCCAGGUGGAGCCCAGGCUCUGCCCCAGGAGGGAUUUCCCAAGGUGAGACAGAUUUUAGAACAAAGUGCUGUCAGGCAUCUCUUGCUUUUUGCUUGUCCCAAGAUAAAAACUGGAAAAUUCUUGGUGCCAAUUCCAUGGACAUUGCCUUGUCCUCAAGAGCCAGGGAGCAGCUGGGGCUCCCAGGCCUUCCCAGCCUUCACUUUCUGCAAAAUCAGGGCUGUGUUUUAUUUAUUUUUAAGUCUAAAAAGGGAGCAGAGUUUUAUUUGCAGGUGUGGGGAAGCACUUUACACCAAUGAAGUAAUUAAUUUUUUGUUUGUUUGUUUUUUUUGUGGAGAAAAUGAGGCUUUGAUGGCAGCUCCCAGCACUGAGAUACAUUUAAUUUCAGGGAUUUUUCCUUUGUGAACUGUGAACUUCUUUGUUGCCACUGGAGUCUGGUUUGGGGCUUUUUCCUGUGCUACAAACCUGGACCAAGGGGGUUUUUUUACCUUUUAUUAAGUUAUACUUUGGAUUUCCUUCCUUGCAUGAAGGGGAAGGGUUUCUCCAGCUGCCAAAGCUCCCUUGGUACCAUGGCCUGAAUUCCUCAGUUUCCAUGAAAUGCUGGAGUUGUGGGUGUCCCCUGUGUGUUCCUUUGGAAUUUUAUUUAUCCUGGGAGCAGGGAUGUGGGUUUGAACCUGCCCUGAGCCUGCUCCACACCUCAAAGCUGGGACAAAUUCCAGCUGGAACAAAUUUCAGAGCAGGGAUGCCAGGGUGUCCUGGGUGGCUUCAGUGACCUCUGUGUCUGGGAACUGGGGAAGUGACCAAGUGUAGAGCCCUGGUAAUUUGCUUUCCAGCUAAUUUAGCUUCAUUGAUUGUGCAUUUCUGGGCUGACUCUGCUCUGCACUGAUUCCAGGCUGGAGCCUCUCCCUGCCCACAUUUCCUGCAUGGAAAAGGGAAUUCACUGGAAGCACCAAUUUGCUCCUCAGGAAGGUGGGGAGGGGGCAGCAGGGAGAGGUUGAUGCCUUAGAACACUGUGAGGUCAUUAAUGAUCAGCAGCAGCUGAAAAAAUGGAAAGCUUUUAAUUAAAAACAUGAAAAUCA